UUGCUCUGUGUAAAACUGUAAUCAGUAUCGAGUUUCUCUUUAUAGGUCUGUCCUUCAGCAAGAAAUGACUAAAUGAAAUCAUUUUGGCGGCGUUUUACAGCAUAUGUAAAUAAUUUGUAAAUGAUUUCACUUCCUAAUCUAGAGUUGAUAAGUCGAGGAGAUUAUUGAAAAAAUGGUGAUUGCAAAUUCUAGACACAGGUAACAAACAAUGGAAUUGGUCAAUCCAAACGCUUCCAAGGAGUGCAUAAUUCAAUCUUUACAAUGGUGUGUGAAUAUGGGACACAACGAUAUACUAAAAGCUUUGCUAAUGACUCAUUUCUCAAGCUCCAAGCUCUCAGAUAUGUCAGAGAUAUGCUCUGAUCUACUCAUCAGAGCAGUGUCAAAUGGGUCAUGUGACCUUCUGAAGCUUUUAUUACCAUAUGUAGAUGAUCAUUUUCUAUCAAACCAGGAUAACAAAAUGGGAAAGAAUUACCUCUCAAAAAUGCUCUGCCAUGCUGUAGCUAAAGGAAACAGGCCGACAGUAGAACUUUUGCUGAACAGAGGAGCCAAUGUGAACGUGUUCUAUGAAGGAAAACCAUUGCUGCAUGUAGCAAUGCAUGCUGGUCGAACAGAAGUAGCAAAAGUACUCAUAAAAAAUGGAGCAAACAUCGAUGCCGCUUUAAUGCCUGCUAUCUUUUCAGCAAUGGAUAAAAAGGAAGACGUCGUAGGAUUAUUGCUUAAACAUGGAGCAGAUCCAAAACUAUACGGAAACAAUGGAAGACAGCCGAUACAUGUAGCUGCCGCUCACUCUGCGGCCAUCAUUGAGAAGCUGGUUGGGGUCGGAUGUGACGUAAAUACUCAGGACCCAAUCCACGGCGACACACCUCUUCAUGUCGCAUGUUCAAUGUGUUGUACAGAAACAGUGGAGGCUUUAAUCAGAUGUGGUGCUAAAUUCAACAUUUUAAAUAACCAAGGAGAAACACCAUUACAUAAAUUGCUCAAAUUUGCAACUGACAAUCACGAUUUUCACUCACAAAGUAGACAAAAACUUGCCAAAUAUCUAGUCAAGCUUGGAUUUACGGUUACGGCGCAAAGCAAAGUGCGGACACCUAACAAUAAACGAGGAAGAAAUAAAGUGUACGAUGUUUACACAAACUUGAUAAGCUCAUCAAAAAGUGCUUUUACAUUACAGCAGCUUUGCAGAUUAAAGACUCGUGACAGUAUACAAACUCAGACACCAAACUCUAGCAUUGAUUCUUUAGACUUUCCCGUCAGUCUGAAAACGUAUCUGAAGUUUGGUAAUGAGUUCUAGUGAUUUCAAAUGACCUGUUAUCUUUUUAAUCAUUACGUUAAUGUUAAUUUAUUUUCUAAUUGGAAGAUUUGUAAUAACAUAUUUUUAUGAUAUUUUGAUAUAUUUGAUGUCUGCUUGAUAUACUGCAAGUCUCUUUUAUUCCACAGUGGUUUUCCACUGAAGAGUUAAUAUUAUGAAAUUGUUUUGUAUGAAUGUCAGCGAAGAAGAAUUUUUAUAUUGAUCUAUUCAGCCAAUGUCUUUCAAUUAAAAUGUACUUAUUUUAAA